GCGACAACUACAGUUGGGGUUCUCACUUUGCGGCAACUAGACCCGAAUACUCUGUACAUCGUCAACGUGCGGGCUAUUGUCGGUAGUCAUAUAGGGGCGUGGUCGGACAGAGAGCUCGUGAAAACUCCAGAAAAAAAGCGAGCGGUCAAGCAAGAUUCUGAUGAGCAGGAAGACAUCCGGCUCACUUACAAUACCCAGCAUUCCGCGCGACAGGAUGACAUCCGGGUCACUAAGAUAACCCAGCAUUCCGCGCGACAGGAAGACAUCCGGGUCAGUAACAUAACCCAGCAUUCCUCGCAAAAGGAAGAUAUCCGGGUCACUGACAUUACCCAGCAUUCCGCCAGAAUUGUGUUCAAUAUCUCAGAAAGAAAGCUUAAUGUCGACAAUUUCCGAGCUUUUCAGAUCAUUGUAAAAAGUACCGGUUUCAAAAAAGACUGGCAGACGCUUUAUGAUGACGUCCUUUCCUCCGAUUUGACGCCAGACACGGAGUACACAGUAAAUGUCUACGUAAUCGAUAAUAGAGGUCAGAGCACAAAGCUAGGGCGCGUAAAGUUUACAACUCUUGAUGACGUCACGUUAGACUCCCCGCAGAAUCUCCGCGUUAAGUCAGUCUCGGACAACACGUUUGUCGUCAAGUGGAAGCCGGUUACCGAUGCCGACCAAUAUCUGGUGGAGUAUACGGACGAUCUCUCGUCGUCGGCGGUGUUCUGUUCCUUUCGAACAAAGAACAGCACAAAAUCAUUGAAAAUAAAAGGUCUGUUACCCGAUACGACCUAUUUCGUAAGAAUUGCGUCAUCUGUCAAUCAAAAGCUAAGCGAGUAUUCUGAUUGGCUGAACGUGACCACGGAGAGCCCGGAUGUAGAAAGUGGGCGGAGUCAACUGCGAGUAUACAACAUAUCGUCCGACAGCGUGUUGGUGGCUUGGCAGGCGGGAACAUCUGACAAAUGGUCACUUGAAGUGUACGAAGAAGGUCAUAAAGAUCCAGUUCAGCACGAGACAAAUGAGCCAUCCCGCAAUGCACCGGAAAUGCAGUAUCACAUGAUAUCCGGUCUGAAUUCUGCUACCCUGCAUCGCAUCGUUCUCACAACCAAGAACCAAGAAACCGGAUGUCCUGAACACGCAUUCACGCAGUUCUAUACUGCCUCUUCAGCCAUCGAUCCCGAGUGCUCUCCCUUGCCGAGUCACGUGGACACUCGACUGCGCAUGCUCACACUUCCAGACGACACUCACCUGAUCACGUGGUCACCUGCGUUCGAGGAACACCAGAACAACAACUCCGAAUUCGUCACCGUGGUGAGAAUUUUAGGACCCCCAUUUCUUCAUCCCAUCUCUUUCCAAGUGAUCCCACGUGACACGUGGUUUCUGCACGUGACCGAGUUCGAUAUCACAAAGCGGCAACUUAUUAAUAUCAUGGUGUUCCAUGCAAAUGAUGGCAGUCGACCGGAAAUCGACGAGAAGUUGCUGUUUCUACCCUCCGAUGACGAAAGCUUGCCGACAACGACUGAACAUAUUUUCGGAACAAGUCUAGAUCAUGUCGUUGAGGGCAUUGUGGGAGACACAGAUCCGGAUGUACAUCACGUGAUUUCUAAAAAUAGCAACUUCACAAUCGUGUCAUUGUGGAGCACUAUUGACAUUAAGGAGCAGCCCGCCUUAGCUCCUCCAAAAAUAGACGUAAUGAGUCCAAAGGCGGUCACAGAGGGUGAAAGGCUAGACCUGCGAUGUCGCACAGUAGGUGAUCCAUACCCCAGCAUCCUGUGGAGAACCAACACCCUGAGUGACCUGGUGAACCAGUGUGACAGCGAAAACAACACCAUAGCGAUAUCUACACAGAGGUUUGUCAGCGCAAACCGGAAGUCCGGUUCAAGCUAUCUGGGAGCCACAAGCUAUCUGACCAUCAAUCCGCUGACGCACGAUGAUGAAGGCGUGUAUACGUGCCUGGCGACGAACGCUGGCGGAAGUGACGUCAGUGAAAUCAACGUCAUUGUACAUCCAAAACCUCCAGGAACUAUUCAAAAUCUUCGCGUUUUGACGGCGUCGCCAUUUUUACUCAACGUUACGUGGGACGCACCAAAAAUAAAAACAAGUCAUCCACGUUGUCAUGUUACGUCAUACACGUGUCGUCUGUCGGAGCAGAGUGGAUACAAAAUACUGGAAUACAAUGUGACGGAAACACACGUGGCUUUUAAAGACCUCUUGCCGGAAACAACGUUUAAUGUCAUAAUUAUCGCUAACAAUAAGGGUGGGCAAGGGGAGGAGUCACGAAUGCAAAUCAGCACACGCCCCAUACCGAAAAUGACCCCGCCCUCCCAUCUGGAACUCGUCACAUUGAACUCUACGACGAUGCGAGCUUCGUGGCGGUCUCCUCGCGAAGUCCUUGAGGGUCAAGUGCGCAUGCGCGCGUUCAUUUUUCACUACCGGAAGUUGGGAGAGAGCAAAGUGGACGAGAUACGCAUUGGCAAAAUGUUCACCAACGUAUCCAUGAUAGGAUUACAGCAGGACCAGAGGUACGAAGUUCAGGUAGUGGCGCUGUCAGAGGACGGACAGAGGUCGCAGUCAGGAUGGGUUGAAGGCAACACCAGUCGAGAAGCCUAUAUGAACGAGACAGUACCGCCACCGCCCCCUCAGAACGUGUUUCUCAGAGCUGAGGAUGAGAAUAUUCUGGUGUCGUGGUUACCACCUCAACCGGAAGCGAACGUACUCGUGCGUGGUUACGUCAUCGAGGUGUUACGUAAUAAGGAGAGAUGGGAGGUGAUGCAGGUUGGGUACAAGGAAAGCAGCGUGAUCGUCUAUGAAGUCGGUAUGGGAUAUACAUAUCAGAUAUCAGUAAAGUCGUUUAACAGAGCGGGAGAGAGUGUUGACCGUUGGGAAGAAGUAAAUAUUCCCGUAAAAACGGUCACCACUGAGCCAGUUCGUAACUUCAGCGGCACGCCUCUGUCCUCUACACAGCUGUUGUUACAAUGGGAACCGCCGGGUUCGGGACGCUACAGCGGGUACGAGCUGUCCUACACUCUGGCCGGGAAGGAGAGGCCGGACCUGCCCGGAACUGGGUCCCUUCCAGCUAAUAUCAGCAGCUAUGUGGUCAGGUCUCUGGAGCCGUACACCGAGUACGUUUUCAACAUCACCCCUAUUUUACGUAACGUCAAGGGCCAAACCGCCAACGUCAUCGUCAGAACGUUGCCUGAUAAGCCCGGCGCCCCGCCCUCCAACGUUUCUCUGAACGUCAUCAACUCCACCACUAUUCGUAUACAGGCGUUACCACCGGGAGUUCAGAGGAACGGGCCCAUCGUGCGAUACCGGAUAUCAUACCGAAGUCACGAGACUCGCGAUUCUUUCAUCGUUUCUGCCGAGACUUCCGAGAACUUGGACUACUUCCUGUCAGACCUUAUGCCGUCCACUGUGUAUGAGAUACGACUGCGAUGUCUGACAGUGAAUGGUUCAGGUCCCUGGUCCCUUUGGCUCCAAGCAAAGACCAAACAACGAGAGCCCAUAUUGCCAAAGGUUCCACACAAUUUAACAACAACUGUAACCUUUGACUCGGUGACCUUGACAUGGUUACCUCCAAACCAACCAAUCAGAGACGUGACCGGAUACGUGGUGGGUAUAGGGAAAUUUAUACCGGAAGUGCAGAGGGUUAGCCUGACCAAUCAGGAGAGUCAACACACGUUUAGGAAACUUGAUCCAGGGACCUUGUACAUUGUCAGUGUUCGAUCAUUCAAUGAGUUUGGAGAGAGUACCGCAGUAUUUGAACUCGUGACCACUUUGUUCUAACCUCGCCUAGUUUGGGAAAAAACGGUGUGAUAACAAUGGCUAGCAUUCGAAGUUUUUGUACAUGUAUGCAUAUGGAUAGUGGAACUUGCAAAGAAACAAGUUCCGCUUGUUACAUGUUUUUUAACGUGUAUACUGGGACGUUGGUAAAAUUCCGUGUUUAACAACGUGUCAACGUUAAUAAUGAUUGUGACGCUGGAUUCUAUUUCGUUUAUACAUGUUUUCAAAAUAUUAGACGCUAUGGAAAAUGGUCAUUUACCUCAAUACUGACUUUGUGACAUGGAACUAAUCGAAGCUGGCUUGUGUGUAUGAUAUGAACCUUGUAACGGGAACCUGGUAUUAAUGCAUAUGCGUAAAGAGUCGUCCCAGAUUAGCCUGUGCAUUCCGAAAAGGCUAACCAGGGACGACCCUUUUCGCCUGAACUGGAUUUUCGGUAAUAAGAGACUUAUUCAAACAAAAAUACCAUAUAAUCGGAAAGUGCCGUCCCUGAUAUAAUUGUGAGGACUACACAGGCUAAUUUAGGACGACCCUUUACGCACAUGCAUUAAGCCCCGUUUUCCCAGAGCGAGAAUCAUAUUCGUGUCGGAACUUGAGUCGAUUUAAUCGAUUGAAGAGUACGUCAAUAAGUUUCCGGUUAAGUCAUCAAUUAAGAAUGUAACUGUAGAAUAAAUCCACGCGUCUAGUUUAUUCGUUCAUGAGUGCCAAGUAAUGUUGUUGAGCUAUAUUUGCAAAAUAACAACACAUAGAAAAUAUCCAUUACGUAUAUGUACACCUAUAUUUUUACUGCACAAGUGUGUACGUAGAUAAAAUGAUACAUUAUGUAUUUUUCAUUAGUAUGUUCUUCUCGAUUGAAAUAUAUGGUACUGUUUCA